ACUAUAUUCAAGGUGUGUAAAUGGCCCUUAAACUUUUAAAAACACAUCCAUCGUGCUCUGUCUGUUUAAACGAGUGUGAUGCCCAGAAAUGUUUUCUAACUAGGCAGCUCACCAGGUUUUGACACACAGCCAAAUUGUUUGGCUUGAUUCUCAGCGUUUAGAGCAGCACAUUAUGCGUAAAUCAGUGUUUAAUAUCUUGGGCGGUUCUCACUUGACAAGAGCUCUAUGCAUACAGUUUUUCUGCUCUGGAUAACGGUGCUGGAGAAAAGAGCAAUAUGUGGAUAUUUAGGAUUGCAGCUCUUACAAUUUUCACUGGUUUGCACGUCCUGGCACAAUAUCCCGAUCAUAAUGACAUGUGUACAAAAGGGAGCUGUUACCCCGCUACUGGCGAUCUACUGAUCGGAAGAGCACAUUGGAUUAUUGCCUCCUCCACCUGUGGACUGGAUGGACCAGAGACGUUCUGUGUUGGUGAGGAGGAAUGUUUUAAAUGUGAUUCUCGGAAGAUGUACAAUAAGUUCACCAAUCCCAUUAGCCAUACCAUUGAGAACGUGGUGACAACCUUUGCUCCCAACCGUCUCAACACCUGGUGGCAGUCCCAGAACGGAGUUGAAAAUGUAACCAUUCAGCUGGACUUGGAAGCUGAAUUCCACUUCACACACCUCAUCAUGACCUUUAAGACCUUUCUUCCUGCCGCCAUGGUGAUUGAGCGUUCGUCAGAUUUUGGGCAAAGCUGGCAGGUGUACCGUUACUACGCUUUCAACUGCACCAACUCCUAUCCACAUGUCCCUCAAGGGCCAAUCAAAAAAGUGGAUGAUGUCAUUUGUGACAGCCGCUAUUCUGGCAUUGAGCCAUCAACAGAGGGAGAAGUGAUUUUCAAGGCACUUGAUCCUGCAUUUGUUAUUCCUGACCCUUACAGUCCAUAUAUUCAGAACUUACUAAAAAUCACAAACCUGCGCAUUCGGAUGGAGAAGUUACACACUCUAGGUGAUGAUCUGUUUGAUGAUCGAGAGGAAGUGAGACAGAAAUAUUAUUAUUCUCUUUAUGAUAUGGUUGUCCGUGGCAAUUGUUUCUGCUAUGGCCAUGCCUCCAAGUGUGCACCACUCUGCAGUGAUCCUGGAGUCGAGAGCAUGGUUCACGGUCAUUGUAUGUGUAAUCACCACACUACUGGACUGAACUGUGAGGAGUGUGAGGAAUUUUACCAAGAUCUGCCCUGGAGACCAGCAGAGGGCCGCAACACAAACGCAUGCAAGAGUACGACAAACACGCAUGCAGCACAAACACAUAUUAUAAAAUGUGAGUGUAACCACCACUCGCAUUCCUGUCACUUUGACAUGGCGGUGUAUCUUUCAUCUGGAAAUAUGAGUGGAGGAGUGUGUGAGGAUUGUCAACACAACACACAGGGCCAAUGGUGUGAGAGCUGCAAACCCUUCUACUAUCAGCACCCAGAGAGAGACAUCAGAGACCCCAACAUCUGUCAGUCCUGUGACUGUGACCCACAGGGGUCUCUCAAUGAAGGCUUAUGUGACAGUGCAACGAAUGUGCUCAGAGAUAUGAUUGCUGGACAGUGUCGCUGCAAAGCUAAUGUGGAGGGUGAACGCUGUGACCACUGUAAGAAAGGACACUAUGGCCUCAGCAAUGAUCCUUUGGGAUGUCAGGCAUGCAGCUGUUAUGCUCUUGGCACACUCCUAGCAGGACUUCCCUGUGAUAUACAGACAGGAAUCUGCUUCUGCAAACGUCUUGUCACUGGACAGAACUGUGACCAGUGUCUGCCUCAGCACUGGGGACUCAGUACAGAUAUGGAUGGCUGCAGACCAUGUGACUGUGACAUAGGUGGAGCUUUGAAUAAUGAUUGUUCUCCAGAGACAGGACAGUGUGUAUGCAAGAAGCACAUGUUUGGCAGACGUUGUGACCAGGUGCAGUCCGGGUUCUUCUUUGCAGAACUGGAUCACUAUACCUAUGAAGCUGAGCAAGCUUCCUUUGGACCGGCAGUGAAAGUGGUUCAAAGACCAUUACCUCUGGAUGAUAAACCCACCUGGACAGGUGCAGGCUUUGUGAAAGUACCAGAGGGGGAAACAUUGAGAUUCAACGUUCACAUUUUCCCUUUGUCUAUGGAUUACAAUUUCAUGAUCCGCUAUGAACCACUGUUGCCAGAUGAAUGGGAGCAGGUUGUGGUGACUGUAGAGCGGCCCAGGACUGGUUACACAUCAACUCACUGUAUGUCUACAUACAAUGAUGAACAGACUGUUUCACUGCACCCUGGAUCCAGAUAUGUGGUUCUUCCUGGUCCAGUGUGUUUGGAGAAGGAUCAGAACUACACAGUGAAAAUAAGCUUCCCGUUGUAUUCAUCAUACAACUAUCACUCCUCUCCACACACACUCGUCGAUUCAAUUGUGCUGCUGCCAAAGUUACAGGAUCUGGACCUGUUUUCGGGAGGACCACGGCAUUAUGUGGACUGGGAGAUGUUCCAGAAAUAUCGAUGUAUGGAGCGCAGCCAUAGUGUCAUUAAAAUCCCCAUGAUGGAUAUUUGCAGAGAUUACAUCUUCAGUGUGUCUGCACUAAUGCACAGUGGAGCUCUGGAGUGCAGGUGUGACCUGCAUGGCUCUCUAAGCUCAGUCUGUGACUCUAGCGGUGGAUGGUGCCAGUGUCGACCCAACAUUUCAGGCAGAAACUGUGAUGCCUGUGCCCCUGCAACCUACCUGUUUGGAUCCUCAGGAUGUAGACCAUGUGAAUGUGACCCACUGGGCUCUCAGAACGCCUUCUGCCACCACAGUACGGGGCAGUGUUUGUGUGUACCAGGGGCAUAUGGGCGCCAGUGUGCAUAUUGUAAGCCCAGCCACUGGGGCUUCCCUCAGUGCCAGCCAUGCUUCUGUAAUGGACAUAGUGACCAUUGCCAUCCACAUACGGGUGAGUGUUUGGACUGCAGGGGCCACACCAUCGGACAUCACUGUGAGAGGUGUGCAAGAGGUUAUCAUGGAAAUCCAUUGCUGGGCUCCAGUGAGCAGUGUCGCCCCUGUAUGUGUCCUGAUGGCCCAGGAAGUGGCAGGCAGUUUGCCGAGAGCUGUUACCAAAAUCAAUACUCCCUUCAAACGGUUUGCUUUUGCAGCCAAGGUUAUAAAGGAUCCAGGUGUAAGGAAUGUAUGCCCGGUUACUAUGGUAAACCUCAGGUGCCAGGUGGGCGGUGCCAUCCAUGCCAAUGUAAUGGCAACAUCAACAUGCUAGACCCGGAGUCCUGUGAUACCCGCACUGGCAUCUGUCUCAAAUGCCUGUUUCACACAGAUGGCAAUGCGUGCCAGUUUUGUAUUUAUGGUUAUUAUGGAGAUGCCCAUACACAGAACUGCAGAAGGUGUAUGUGCGAUCCAGUGGGUAGUGUCAGGCAAAGCUGUACUGACGGUCUAUGUGACUGUGACCGGAUAAGUGGGCAAUGCCCAUGUCUGCCUGGCGUUAAGGGUCAACAGUGUGACCUCUGCGUGCCCAACACAUGGAACAUCAACAGUGGAAAAGGAUGCCAACCCUGUCAAUGCAACCCUGAACACUCCUAUAGUUCUUCUUGUGACCUGCUGUCAGGUCAGUGUUCCUGUAAACCUGGUUUUGGAGGCAGGACAUGUGAGGAGUGCAGAGAGCUGUUCUGGGGUGAUCCUGAGGUCAAAUGUCAUGCAUGUGACUGUGACCCGCGAGGCAUUGCUACUCAACAGUGCAAUAAAAUGUCUGGAGAGUGUUUGUGCGUAGAAGGCGUGGUUGGGCGAAGGUGUGACUCCUGUGGCCGUGGCUAUCUGGGGACCUUCCCUGAUUGUAAGCUGUGUCAUAUAUGCUUCCACAAGUGGGAUGUUAAUGUUGGAGAACUGACCAAACACAUGCAGAGGCUGGUGGACACAGUGGAGGAGUUGAAAGAAUCUGGCGUGAUGACGCCCUUUAAAUACACCGUAUCCAGUCUAGAGGAUGAUACGAGACAGCUCAGACAAAUACUGAAAGAUGAAAAAGUUCAUAAAACUUUGACACACACAGAGAUGGUGAUGCGGCAAGCUAAUGAGAUGGCAUCAGUUCUGCAACAGUCUUUGGAGCGAUCUAAAAUGGAUCUGGAGCAGAUAUCACGUGACCAUCAGAAAGCCACAGAGAACCUGAACAGUCUGACAGAGGAGGUCCAGAACUUACAGAAGACCUCUGUGGAUAAACAACGACAGGUUCUGCACAUCAAACAUUCAGACCUCAGAGGUGCAUUGGAUGGCAUCAGAGAAUAUUACAGGGAGUCUGCAGAGGCAGAGUUUCAAACCGGUCAAGCUGUCACUGAUCCAGACAGUACGGUGAAACAGUCUGCCAGGACACGCGAAGCCGCAGAAGCCAAACUAGACACAACAGAGAAAGAAUUCAACCCGAAACAUCAGCUGCAUGGACAGAGACUGGACAAAAUUACAUAUGUACUGAACUCUAAAGACCUUUCAGAACUAAGCCAUCAGGUGUGCGGAGGGUUGUCAAGUCUAGAUGGUUGCCGUGCUUGUGGUGGUCUGGGCUGUAUGAACGAGGACGGCGUGUCUCAAUGUGGGGGUGAAGGAUGUGAGACAGUAGUGACUCGAUCUCAAGAUGCCUUGAACAAAGCUGAAAACUUUGACCAAGAGAUCUUACAAGCUUUAAGAGCAGUAGACAAGAUUCAAAAGAUGGUGUCAGAUGCUCGAGGACGUACGGAUGAUGCCAAACUCAAUGCACAGGGUGUGUUACUGAGAGCCAAUCAGAGCAAAGCACGAGUGGAACAGACCAAUGAGGAGCUCAGAGAUCUCAUUCAGCAAAUACGACACUUUCUCACUAAUGCCACAGAUCCAAAGCGUGUAGAGGAAGUAGCUAAUGAGGUGUUGAAACUGAGUAUGCCAGUGUCGUCUGGGGUGUUAAAGAAUGUCACUACAGAUAUUCACCAUCAUGUGGCACAACUGACAAGUGUGGAUAAUAUUCUCACCCAGACAAAAGAGCAAGCCCACUCUACAGAGAGACUCCUUCAACGAGCACAAGCUGCCAGUGAGAGAACUACAGCACUUAAACAGGCCACUGAUGAGAUAAGAGAAACUCUAGAUGAUACUGAGCGUGCUCAGUCUGCUGCCAGUGAAAAACUGAAAGAGGCUGAGAGUGACACGGACCUCUCAAGAUAUCAAAUCACAUUUGUCCAAUCUAAAACAGAAGCAACUGAGUUUAAACUGAGUAGCGGCACAGGAAGAUUUUUAGAUCUUGGGAACAAGGUGGACGAACUCAGACAGAAAAUUCUAGAAGUGUCCAGUAGUGCGGAGAACAUUCAAAGACGAUCUGAGUAUAUCACAUCUGAAACUGAGCAAACCAAAGGGGAUUUUGACUCAGUUGUGCAACCUAAGUUCCAACUGGUCAGCGGUCUGAUUGAUCAAAAGGCUGCGGUCGUGUUUGAUGCACAUGAGAAGGCAGAGCAACUACGACAGGAGGCAAAAGACCUAUUGGUAGAUUCCACAAACAAACUACAGAGACUAAGAGAGCUAGAAAGAUCUUUUUCAUUAAAUCAGCACACCCUGGUGGCAAAAGCUCAGGAGCUGGAUGGACUGGAGACUGAAGCCAGAGAUGUUCUGCAAGAAUUGAGUCAGAAAAUCACAGUCUACAGCACCUGCUCUUAAUAAUUAUCACUUUAGCUGUACAAAAUGGUGUCAACCACGCAAAUGCAAUUUUAUAAUUUCACACGUAUACUACUAACUUCUUGACUCGAAUUCAUUUUAUUUUCAAGGUAGUUUGGAAAUCAAUGUAGAGUUUUUCUAAGACUACUUCUGAUAUUUUAACAUACACUUUCUAAACUAUGUAAACAGUCUUUGUAUCAUUGCAAUAUUUGUUAUAAUUAAAAAGUCAAAGA